AUCUAUAGUAACAGUAACAUUUCUGGUUAGGGUAAAGGUUAUAUUUUAUUUUCAUUUAAAUACUUUAUAAAUUAUUUACAUGAACAAACCUUUCACUAAGCUAGCUGCAUAAUCAUGAUAAGUUUCAACUGUAAAUCAUGUGGACCAACGUAUUGAAUGAGAUAUGUGAACUUCUUGAAACAUAUAAGGGCAGAGAUAAGAUUUUAAGGACAUUGAGCUAUGUGACAAAACUAAUUGGUGGAGUUCAGAAAAAUGAGGUUUUGGCCAAGAAAUUUUUUAUCUUUAGUUCCCAAAUGUCUGGAGCUAGAGCUACCCUUCGACUACUUGAUGAUCUGCCAAUGAUACAGUACAAUCUUCAGUAUGGAACUGGAAAAAAUGAGCCAGAUAAAUUUAUGUCGCAGCUUGGAGUACUUACGAAUAUUAUCGAUCAGCUAUACUAUCCCAUUGAAAAAAUGUCGUGGUUUGCAGAACAUAAACUUAUAACUGGUGUGGAUAAUAAUAAAUGGGAUACUGCCAGUUCUGUGUGUUGGGUCAUUUCCACCUACUUGACCCUUGUAAACAUUCCUAUAGAAAAAGUACUAUUGACUCAAAAGUAUGAAAUCCUCACCGCUAUAAGACUGUGCUUGGACUUUAUUCAUGCAGUAAACACAUUACCCCCAGGAUUCUUAUGGUCGUCCAAACUGAAAGUAUGGCAUGUGGGAUUUAUAGGUACUUUGUCGUCUUUAUUAGGAAUUUAUCAAAUCUUUUAUAAAAGAUCAUUGAAAUAAACUAAAUAAUCUCCUAGAAGACAAUAUGUAUGGAGGUUUCAUAUGUAAUGAAACGGAUUUAGGUGAAUUACUUAAUGGUGAUUUUUAAAGUUAAAAAUAGGUUUUAUUAUAUAAUAACGUGAUCAACUUCAACUAAUAUUAAAGUAUUAGUCUUAAUUUGUAAUUUUAAAACAGAAAAUAACACUGUAGCUAAAAAAAAUCAUAAAAUAAUUAAGUUCUCUUGGGAUGUAAUAAGCUACCAACAGUUACUGUUAAUGAGAUAAACAUUUUUAAAUAUUUAGUUUAAAUUACUAAAUCUUUAUCUUAUAUUUCUUGUUUAAAAAUCCACUGGUCAUAUUUGGCUAGCAUACAAUUUUCGCUUAUGAAUUUCAUGGUGUAGGUACUCCUUUAAAUUGACUCUAGCGGCGUUUCUUAAAUGUUCUUUCAUCUUAAAAGAUGAAGAACUCGCACUCAACACAAAAAAUAAAGUUCAAAUUCCAACGGUAAGAGACCAGCAGAUCAAAAAAGUACAUAAAAGUGGAACUGAAAAACCAUGUGCUCACUGUAUAAAAAUAAAAAAGGUUUGAUGUAACAGAGAUUUGACAUUAGCAAAAUAAUAGAAAUAUAUGAGCCUAAAUAGACGGCAAUGUGAAGACUUAUGAGCUAUGGAUGUAUAGAAGGAUUCUGAAGAUCCCAUUACGAACUUUAAUGUGUUAAUACGAAUGAAGAAGGAAAAAAAAGUUUAUCGGACAAUAAAAAAAAGAAAACCACAAUAUUUCAGACAUAGCUCAUAAUAUUAGAUCACAAUAGGCAAAAUAGAGAACAGAAAAAGUGUUGGAAGACUAAAAACUUAGCUGAGGAACGUAAGAGACUACGGUGGUUGCUGCUCAAAACAAAUCUUUCGAGCAGUAGUUUCGAAAGUUAGAGUGGCCAUAACGAUAUUGUCAACCUCGGUAACUUGAAGAGAUGGCACUUGAAAAAUUAGAAGAUAUUUUAGUGUGUAUGAUACACUACACGUGCCAAAAAUUGAUACAUCAGGGCACAAUUUCGAUUGGUUACUUUUUCUGCGGACUCUUGGAAGAGAUCAAGUAUCUUCAUGACUUCCCUUUGUAUCGUGUAACCUAUAGGUUCAUUCAUCUCGGAAAACUCGUGAUUUUUUCGCUAACAAAAUUUUCAUCGUGAAAUAAUUGUGAAGCGUCAAUAUUGCAAUAUACAUUAAACUUUGUUCAUAUAGCACUUCCUCAUAUUCUGCUUCCAGAAUCAAGAACUAUAAAUACAUUGUUAAGUUUUUGUAUUCAAAACCAGAAACUGAAUGUACCAAUAUACUAGUAUAUUAUUUCUCUUUAAGUCCGUUGUAGUUCAGGAAUGACAUUUCUAUGUCGUCACAAUACUUUUUAAAAAUCCCCAAACGCAAACGAUAAUUUUCAGCAUCAUCAUCAGAUGGAGCUACAAGCCUUCUAGAGACGCCUUUGUCGAAUGCCAGUCUUCUCCAUCACCUCACUCCAAUCUCUCAAAUCUUCCUGCACAUUGCCACCUCGUUUCCACCUGUUUGUUGUUUAGAACAUUUAUUUUAGCAGGGUUACUUCCACCCAUCUCAGGCGGUUUAUUUGGACGGUUUUAAAAAUAUCUGCUUCAUCAAAAAGGCUAAAAGGUUAAAAAUUUUCUUCUUGGCUGAAGCCUUCUAUGGCUUCGAUGGCCUUUUGGUACAUAGUAAGAAUAAAGUAUAUGUUUCUCUCUAUGUCGAUUUAUUCAACAACACUGUUAGGUAACUACGCCUUAUAUCUUCAGUAUUUUUCAUUCAAAUAUUCGCAGCUCCUCCCACGUCGUCAUAAUCCAUAUUUCCGAUCCGUUUCAUGUUGUAUCACUAAGUUGUUUUGUUGAAUUUUUGAUGAUGCCAGCAUAUAUUUAGUUUUCUGCCGUAUAUGUCAUUAUUUGUAGUUUUCUGGUGUAAUCAUACCCUUUAAGUUCAUUCUCGAGUCUCUUACAACUUUCCACAACGCCAGGUUGACUAGUGCACAUGAUAGCAUGUCUCCCCGGCAAAGUCCUAUGUUAGUUUUAAGUGUUUCAGAGAUAUAGCUUUGGACUUGCACUUAAUAUUUUACAUGCCAAAUAACUUAAUAACCGCUGUAAGGAUUUUGUGUCUUCGUUAAUCGAAUAUGUCGAAAAAGAGCGUGAUAAUAUAGGGCCACUAAUAUCUUUCUCUUGUAAGAGAGUUAAAAAAAAUACCGAGAUAUUUAGAAACGUGAAAUUGGUUAAAAAUAGAUUUAUAAGGAAACAUCCAAUAAACUUUGUUAAUAAUAAACUUUAUUAUUCUAAUCAAGAUAAAUCAUAGCUGCCUAUCAUAAUUUUGACAAUAAAACCUGUUUGGAACUGUUUGAAAGCUAGUGGUGUAAUAAUUUUGUAAUUUAUUAAUAUAUUUAUUAACAAUAUAUUAUUGAAAUCUCUGUAUAUUUUGUUUCCUAUUCGUUACAAUGUAUAUUCGAGGUGUAUUAAAAAUACUUUCAUAUGGUUGUGAUCACUAAAACGCAAAGAUAUUGUUAUCUGUUAUCAUUAUAUUAUGAAGAUUUUAUAAAAUUAUUUUAUACAGAUUAUUUUUAAUAUAUCUACAAAAAUCUU